AUGCUGAGAUUCCUUUUGCUGAGCAUCUUGGUGGGCCUGGCUCUAGCCGAAAAGAGGCCUGAGCCCAGGUACCUGGAGAAUGUAGAGGAGAGAGUUGUGGGUGGAGAGGUGGCCCCGCCUAACUCAUGGCGCUGGCAGAUCUCACUACAGUAUUUGUCUGGCAGUUCCUACUACCACACAUGCGGUGGAUCUCUGAUCAGAACUCGCUGGGUUAUGACUGCUGCUCACUGUGUUGACACGCAGAGAACAUGGCGUGUUGUCCUGGGAGAUCAUGACCUUUAUACCCAUGAAGGCACAGAGCAGUACAUGAGUGUCAGUGCUGUCCAUAUUCACCCUGGGUGGAAUCGUAACAAUGUUGCUGGAGGGUAUGACAUCGCUCUGCUGCGUCUGUCUGCUGAUGCCUACCUGAACUCAUAUGUGCAGCUGGCGUCUCUGCCUCCUUCAGGGCAGGUCCUGCCCAACAACAACCUCUGUUACAUUACAGGCUGGGGAAGAACUCAGACUGGCGGUCAGCUCUCUGAUAAGCUGAAACAGGCUUAUCUGCCUGUGGUGGACCAUCGGACAUGUUCAAGCAGCAGCUGGUGGGGCAGCACGGUCAAGAGCACCAUGGUGUGCGCUGGAGGCUACAAUGAAUCCGGUUGCCAGGGUGACUCUGGCGGCCCCCUGAACUGUCUAGUGAAUGGGCAGUAUGUUGUCCAUGGAGUUACCAGCUUUGUGUCAUCUCUGGGCUGCAACACUCUGAGGAAACCCACCGUCUUCACCCGUGUCUCAGCCUACAACAGCUGGAUCAGCAGUGUAAGUGCACUUACUGUUUAA